AGAUGGAAGUGCAGUGGCUUCAAACCAGCGCUCCCGGGAAGUCUAGUGUAUGUAAACAUAAUUGGUGGGAACCCAUGCCCACGCCUUUACCCCAAUGUCACCAUUUUGAUCCACCGAUAGGGACUUGUCUCCAGGUUAUGUGAAAAUCCCACACCGACUUCCCGUUCCACAACAGUAGACUACUGUCGCGUCCUGCAGAAACGGAUAGAGAGGAGAUCCCAGAAAGGGCCUCCACACAGCAGACAUGGGCUACAUUACUCUGCCACGCCGCCUGUUCCUUUGGUGCAUGGCUCUCAUCUACAUGGUCGCCUUCGUCUCCCUCUACCUGCAGAUACCAGGCCUGUAUGGAAAUGAUGGUCUGUUACCAGCGCGGUGGCAACUGCGGUACAGUGGUAAGGCUCUCUGGGAGCAGCUCCUCUCCUCUCCCACCUUACUGUGGCUCGCACCACGUCUGGGUCUUGACACCCAGACUGCCAUGGAGCUGCUCUGCCUGCUGGGGGCAGCACUGAGCCUGGCUGCUACAGUACUGGAAUCACUCAGAGACAGCUUGGUGUUUCUAUUUCUCUGGAUCAUGUACCUGUCAAUGUACCAGGUGGGACAGGUCUUCCUCUACUUCCAGUGGGACUCUCUUCUCCUGGAGACGGGGUUCCUCUGUGUGCUCAUCGCCCCGGUGACGUCUUUGCGGGGGUGGCGAGCGGGCAGGGAGCACGACCCUGUGACCUUCUGGUUGGUCCGUUGGCUGCUGUUCAGACUGAUGUUCGCCUCCGGAAUCGUCAAACUCACCUCCCGCUGCCCUACCUGGUGGGGCCUCACAGCGCUGACAUAUCACUACGAGACCCAGUGUAUCCCUACACCCUUGGCCUGGUUUGCCCACCAGCUGCCCGUCUGGUGGCAUAAGCUGUCUGUGGUAGCCACCUUCGCCAUUGAGAUCGCUGCUCCAUUCCUCUUCCUCAGCCCUCUACGACGACUUCGCCUCGGGGCCUUCUACAUGCAGGUGGUACUGCAGGUGCUGAUCAUCCUGUCUGGAAACUAUAACUUCUUCAACCUCCUGACUCUGACGAUGUGUCUGUCUCUGCUGGAUGACGAGCAUAUAUACUUCUGGCUACGCAAGAAAUACACACCUAACCCUAACCAAGGUUCCUCGUUGUGGUGGGCAGGGUUUGUGGUGGAGAUCGCAGUCUGGGCUCUAAUUGGCUUCGGAACGGUCACAUGGUUUGACCUGCAGAUCAACUGGGACAAGUGGACUGUCUCCUCCAGGACAGUGUUUACCUUCCACCAGUUUAACCAGUUCCUGAAGACUGUCACCUUCCCCUCGGUCUGGCUGGGAUUACUGUCUCUCACCUGGGAACUAGUCUCUUCCAUGUUCAGGUGUGCCUGUGUGGAAGGGUUCUUCAAGAGGUUUUUGGGUACAGUCCAGUGGACAGUGUUUGGUGCUGCUGCUGUCUCUAUGUUUGCCAUCAGUCUGGUCCCAUUCACCUUCAUAGAGUAUGACAGUAAUGCCAGUGUGUGUGUUUGUUUUAUGACAGUAAUGCCAGUGGUCAACUUCACCUUCAUAGAGUAUGACGGCCUGUUCAGACACCUUCAUAGUAUGACUGGGGUGGGGGGCCGGCCCGAGGUGGUCAUCGAGGGAUCCAUGGAUAAAGUCACCUGGACGGAGAUAGAAUUUAUGUAUAAGCCAGGGAACCUCAGUGCCCCUCCCUCGGUCAUCACCCCUCAUCAACCACGGCUGGACUGGCAGAUGUGGUUUGCAGCCCUGGGAACACAUACGCACUCUCCCUGGUUCACCAGCCUAAUGUACAGACUGCUGCAGGGCAAGACGGACGUGAUUGAGCUCAUCCAGUCAGAUGUGUCUCAGUACCCGUUCCACCAGCAGCCUCCCACAUACCUCAGAGCUCACCGCUACAAAUACUGGUUCACUAAAACACUAGCUGAUGGGUCGUAUCCUCAGCGCUGGUGGAGGAGGGUGUACAUAGAGGAGUUCUAUCCCACAGUGUAUCUGGGCGACACCUUCCUGGAGAGCAUGCUUAGCCAGCAUGGACUCAAGGAUAAGUCCCUCCCUCGGCGUGUGUCUGAGGCAGCUGUGCCCCUGGUGGUGAAGUGGGUGCGCUCUCAGGUGAGGGGUGUGUCUGCACCCCUGCUGCUCUGGAGCCUCCUCUUCUGCAGUGUCACCCUCUGUCUGCUCUGGGGACUGCAGCUGGAAAUUACACUCAAGACCAAACCUACUGCAGCCAAGGCUGAACGUAAACCCACAGCUCCACCCCACCACCCUGAUGCUAAGGAGGCCAAUUCCAACGACAAAGAUGGUCUAGGACAAAGACAGGAGGAGGAGCAGGAGGAGGUUGAUGCAGAAGAGGAUGAGCGAAGGGGGGAAGACGAGGAGAGUGAAAGAGAAGAGAACGAUGUAAGAGAUGAACUGGAAGAAGAAGAUGGAGAAGAAGAGGGGAAUGUUGACUGACUGUCGCAAGAAAUAACGAGUUUCUCCUGACCCCUGAACACGGGAUUUGGUAGCCCUCCCUUCCACUAACUGUCUCAGUGCUCAAGAGAAAGCUGCCUGUCUUGACUACUUGUCUGCCUUUCGCCAACAAUAACCUUCUAACCAAAGAAUUUUGUUGAUGCUUUAUUCUACAUUUGACAAUCACUUUAUUUGAAAUGAAUAGACAAAGUUUUCCAAUUAUCUGUAGUAUUAUUACAAUCAAGAGAAAAUAACAUUUUUUGUCAGUUUCCUUGUCAUUGUACGUGUGUGUGUGUGUGUGUGUGUGUUAAAGGGUGUUUGGUUUGCCACUGUGGUCCUUUGCUUUGCUGCCAGAUAUAAUGUAGUGAAUCACCAAUUCUGCACUUUCCUGCCAAGCGUCUUUCCACGUUUGAAAAAAACAUCACAUCCAUGAAUGGAUAAUGUUAAUGUUUUUGUAUCAUUUAUAAUAAAGAUAGGAAAUGUA